CAGCGCAUGCGUAUAACAUGCCUGUUUACGUCAUAAGUGUGAAAGUUGUAGAGAAGUACAUGUUUAUCACAAAAAACAGGAAAGCAUUAAUGAAGAUGCAAUAAGAUACUAUAAUCUGUUAAUCAUGGUCAUUAUUUAAAGAUAGGUUUGAAGGAUAGGGGCAUUGAAGUUGAUUGUUGUAUGAGUAAUCCCAUAUCAUUGGAGUCGUUGUUUCUCACGAGAUUAUGAAAUGUCCACACAUUGUCAUUCGAAUGGACAGCUUAAACAUUAUGCUUCGUUGCCAUUUGAGAUGAGUUAAUCUUUCCUGGACUAGUUUCUAUUUUUGUUUUCAUGUAAUCGCAAUCUACAUUCACUAAAUCUUAGGAAUCUCAGUUGCCAGAGUGUUCGAUCUACACCUGAAAGUUUGUGGGUACGAACGCUACAUGAGGCCGUUGUCUAGUUUGUCAAUUUUCUAGAGAUUUCUGUAGUUCAAAUAGGAACUCUAAACACCCUAGGGCUACCUUCUGUUUUUUCCUGGAAACAAUUGACAGGGUAUAUUAACUCUAUGGUAUUGAGGCUUUUACGUUUAGCGCCGAAUUUAUUAUUUGAUUUUUCUCUUUUUAAAAAAAACAAACUUUGCUAUUGAAAUUUCUGCUUCCUCUUUUGUUAAUGAAUGAAUUUGUAAUCAAUCAAGAAUUUUCGAUUAAUCUUUUUUUUAAAGAACUGCUGUGUUAUUAAGCGUCGUUUCUUAGAUACCAAAAGAAAUAGUUUAAAAUCUGUAUAGAAACUAAAAGAAAGUCUGGCUGUUUUGAUAAAAUACCGUCUCUCACUUUUUGCAUGGGACUGCUUAUCUACAAUGCUUUCAUAUAAUUAUUCUAAAUAUUUGUGCUUGAUUAUACAGACCCUCUGAGGAGCUAUUUUUCCCAGCUAAAUAGAUAAGUAAGUGGGUAGAAAUGACAAUAAAAUGGUUAUUUAUCAUUUAUAUUCAUAGACAGAAUGUCCGAAUCACAAAAAGGUUUAUUUAGAACACUAAAAAGACAAAGACGUCAAAAUAGCUUUUUUUUCAUCUAUGGUAUGUAACACAGAAUACAAUAAAAUUUUCUGUUUUAAGGUAAUACACAAAUCAUAUUAUUUUUUGAGUAUUUUUAUGUAAGCUGUCUCAUUGUAAAAACUAAUAAUCAAUAUCUAUAACACUCAUUAAUAAUUACCAUUACUGUUUUUUUGUGAUCUCUAAAUCGCAAUACCUACUGACGAAUUGUAAUGUCAUCUAUUGUAACAUAAAACUUGUGCAUUUGAGUUUUUCAUUGCUUAAUUGGAAGACAGAAAAUUGCCGACACCUUUUCCCUUUUAAAAUAUAAAUUAUAAAAAAACUAGAAAAAGUGAUUUGACAAGCAAACAAGUAUCUAUUAUUUGCGGAAUAAUACAGAUAGAAGAACAUGUCAUAUAUAAAUCACUUUCACCAAUUAUAUUGAAACACGUGUGGUUUUUGUUCUAAACUUACAAUUACUAAUUCCUCACCGACAGUAGACCAUAGCCGACAACUUUAAAAUCAAAACAAUCCAUAUUAAUAACUGGCAAGCCGAUUGCGUCAGUGAUACCGCGAUAGUUUAAAUAUACGAAGAGACGCCACAUUCCUUUAACAUCAUUUACAACUCAUUCAUCCUGUUCAUUGCACGUGUUGUAAGGAAAAUGUCGAUAUUCAGUGGAUAAAGUCAAUAUCGUAACAUUUCGCAAGCCUUUGACAGAUUCAAAACAUAUGGUAGAGAAACAAUGUCUGUUAAAAUAUCAGAAUUAACACCAGCAUUAGCGAACGUUCUUCAAGAAACUCAUGAAACAAGCGAAGUGACCUGUCAAAGCUGUCAAACUGAUUUUAACUUCAUCAUUGACAAAACGUUACAGCCAAUGACGUCAUUAUCAGAAAUGUAUUCCAGCCUGCCAAGAAAUUGGACAGCCAGUCGCGAUAAGAAGCAAAAAUUGGAGUCGAAAUUUCAAAAGACACCAGACAUAACUAUUGCAUCGCUUGGUAAAGAGAAUAUAACUCCAGCUGCAUCGUUUUUUGUUAAGGCUGCUCAAAAAUUAAAUUUGGCGUCAAAAACCAAAACUCGAAAAUCAAGAAAAAAGAAGGAAGAUUCAUCCAUGGAGCAAAAUAGAUAUGCAUUUCAAACUAACUUCAGUGAACUAAUUAUGCGCACACCACCUCAAGCCCCACCAUCCUUGUUUAAGAAUGGAACUGUGAGAAGAGGAGAUGGACAUGGAAAGGUUCGUCUUAUACUUCGGGUUGUCGAUAGGAAAAGCAAACCAGAAACUUGUCUCACAGUAGAUGCUAAGAAAAAACAAGUCCUGUUAAGGGAUUCAACGUUAAGUACGGACGGUCAAAAACGAUUUGAAAAAGCGCCACGGUUAUUUUCAUUUGAUAACAUAUUUGAUAAAGACGCUGUUCAAACAGAAAUCUGUUCUGGGACCCUUGUGGAUCUUCUUCAUACUGUUGUCAAUGGUAAUGAUGCUUGUUUGAUAACAUAUGGAUAUCCGAAGCUUGGUAAAUCAGCUAUUAUGAUUGGUCGUGAUACUGCACCAGAGAAUAUUGGAAUCAUACCAUGCGCAAUAUCGUGGUUAUAUCAGCUAAUAGAUGACCGAAAACAAAGAACUGGUGCCAGAUUCUCUAUCCGAGUAUCAGCCGUAGAAAUUGUUGGUAAAUCUGAGAAUUUAAAAGAUCUAUUAGGAGAGCAAGGAAAUGGUAGUAUCAGCAGCAACGUAACUUCUCCCAGUGUUUACUUGCCAAGAGAACGAGCAUCCAGUAUUCAGCUAUCAGAUUUUACAGAACUUCGUGCUCCAAAUGCUGAGAAAGCUGCUUUUUUCUUCGACGCAGCAGUUGCUGCUAAAACGUCACCAAUAACUCCUAAAAAUGAACAUGGGAAAUAUUUGGAAGAUCCAGAUGAAAGAAAAAACUCCAAUAUGAUUUAUACCCUCCAUGUUUAUCAAUACAUGAUCGAUAAAGUUGGAACAGGAGAAAUUCAUGGUGGCCGUUCUCGUCUACAUCUUAUCGACUUAUCUGGUUGUAGUCGCAAAAAGAAAAGUCGAGACACAGGGCAGGGUACAUGGCUACCAUUGUCAGCCUUAGGAAAUGUUAUUGUUUCAUUAUCAAAUGGAACAAAACAUAUUCCACAUCGUGACAGCAAGCUAACGACACUGCUACGAGAAGCGAUGGGUUCAUUGUCCUCAAGAGUUACUAUGAUUGCCAAUGUAUCACAGGAUCCAAAACAUUGCUUUGAGACUUUGUCAACGCUUCAAGUAGCUUCAAGAAUACACAGAUCAAGGAAAAAGAAGAGUCGAUAUUCAAGUACAAGUUCUUCUGGAGGUGAUAGCUCUUGCGACGAGAAGAAAAAACAUAGGCGUCGAUGCAAGCCUGUUACACCUCUACUGGUGACAGAAGCAUGUUAUUCAGACAAUGUGGGCGAAUCUGAAUUUACAUCAACAAGUGCUGCAGAGGAAUCGUGCGACACUGUAAUCUAUUUAGGACCAUCUGGUGGUGCUGUAAGUGAUCGAGAAUUAACCGAUUUCGAACAUCCUCCAGAAUUUCCAAAAAAGUCUGCAAUAAAAAGUGAUAUCGUACCGUCGGUGCUUACCACAAAUCAGCCGGCCACUGCUCCUGUGCUAGGAUCUACUGAAACUAGUUUUAGCUCUUCUUCUUUAAAAAGAAAAGAUACGAAAGCCAAAUCAAAUUCUGAGAAAGAUCGAUCACACACUUUAUCAAGAAGGCAUACUGACGAACAACCAGCACCAAUCAUAGUAAAUAUCACCGACCAGUUAGCUAAAUCUCCCUUGGAGGAGCAUGCUGACACAGUUUUAUCAUCACCAACAAAAGUAACACCAAUUGACAAUAAAAGUAACUUCCGGCCUUCAUAUCAACAAAAACUAAAUUGUUUUGAAAACAACCUAAACUUAAUUAAAAACUCGGACAGUUUGCCAAUUCGUGGACGUAAUAAAUCUUACUCCAUGCAACAACAUAAUCAUACAGAAGAAUCGUCCCGUAAAAGGACAAGAAGUCUUCGCUUAAACAAACUUGACGAAAGACAAUGUGUUAGUACAAAUUCUUCCCCCUUUAAAAGAACUCAAAGCUUUAGAGAUGAAUAUAUAACAAGGACGGCAAGUUUAGACAGGACUUUUACACGACACGAAGUUGAGUUGGUUAACGGUAACAUUUGCAACAACUUUAAGUCAACAGAUACAGUAUCUAGCGUUGGAACUGUUGAAAACUUUGAAAGGCAAUUAGUUUCACAAAUUGCGGAACGAUUUGCCCUUGAAGAUGAGUUUAGUUACGUUGAUGAUAUUGAUCCUCGGUUGUUCAAUGCUCAAGGGAAUGAAAAAUCCUGCGCAAGUGAGGAAUUUUUUAUAGAUGACGAUUUAGAAAGUAUAGGCGCCGAGCUUGAUCCCUCCGCUCCAGAUAACUUUAAUGUGUACAACCAUAAUUCAUCUCUUCUUAAAAGUACAAAGUCACUUGUCGAGAAGAGUGAAGAAAGAGACAAUGAUAUAAUACCUUGUAAUAAUUGUAUUGGUGAAUGCAGGUGUAAGGUUUACACACAUGACUUGCCAUGCGCGUCUGUCAUUCAAAGAAGAAAUCUGUGUGACUAUGAUAGUGCUGAGGAUACGGAUGAAAGGACAAACAAGCAGUUAAGUUUGCAAAAGUUACGGAACCGAAACAGCUUCAGUAGUUGUGAUAGUCAUCUGGAUCAUUCACCACGAAACUUUUGUAAACGACCACCAUCCGAAGGCGUAAGUAGUGGCUACGAAAGCAUGAGAUGUGAGAGUAGCGCCAACAUACAUGCAUCCACUGAUUAUACAUAUGAGAAAGGAAAGCCUGUUCUGAACAAGAAAGUUUGUGUUGACGAAUUAUUCUAUUCGAGCAAAGAAGAUAACAAUAGGCUUGACCGUGCAGCGCAUCAUCGCACGCAGAUAAAGGAAUUAAUCGAGGAAAGGCAAGACUUAAAAGAAGAGUUGCAUCAAACAUUGAAAAAAUUAGUGUUAAGCAGAGUACCUUUGCCUGAUAUUGAUGAACGGCUUCGAGAAAUAACAACACAGAGUAAAGACACGAAAAAGUUACUGUCACGAGAAAAUCGUAUCUUGGAACGAAAAGUAAAAGUUUGCAAAUCACAUCUAGAGUUGGUGACGUAUUUUGACGGAACUCCGAAUGAAACCCCCUCUGCUACUCCUUCGUGUUCACCGAAAAAGAAAAGUCCGUAUCGAAAACUCUCGGCUAAACUUAAAUCAAAAUUGACUAGAAACUCCUCACCAAGUAGGAAAGCAUACAAAGUAACAUCUGUAUAAGUAUUCCCAAAUGAAAAAAAAAACAUGUUGAUAUUUUCGGAAGCCAAAAUGGGAACUUUUAAAGCGAUACAAACCCCGUUCUGUUCAGAAUAAUGCCUGCUUGUCGAAAGUGCUGGCAGGUACGACAAGUUACAUGCGAAUAAAGAGAGAAAAUCAAUUUAUUCUUUCUAGGGAUUCGAGUCUUGAACUUUAGCGUUUCACAGAUCAUAUUAUUGCUGUUACAGUAUGCUACUUCUACAAUUGAUAUUUUGAGAAAAUUGCCAAAAUAUGCAACCUUAGCAACCAUAUUUUUUUGUGUACAUAUAUAAGUUAUAAAUUAAUAUACCAAGCACUUUAGUUCAUAUUUCUAUAUUGUAAAAUCUGACUUUUGAUAGAAAAAACAAGAUGAAAUAUACGCCAACUAUCUUGUAGAGUUACAGUAGCAAAUGCGAUAGCUGCUAGGCGACUUCCCUUAUUUGUUAAGAUCCGGUCUUAAUCUGAUCAAAAUUCCGAAAACGUUUUCAGCCGUGUUUAAGAACGCUUUAACCUUUAGUCACAUAUCGACGUAAAUAUGCGUCAAGAAUAAAGAUCUAUAUCUAUGCUCACAACAAUAGAGAUUUAGCACGAUAUUGUUGUUUUGGUGUUAUAUUUACCGAACUGAUAUUUGCUAAGGUGCAUUUAAGUUAUUUUAGCUACCUACCUAAAACGUCGUAAAUGUCCCAUAGCUAGAUUUGCUGCAUCAAAAUUUUCAGUUGGUUAAGUACGUAUUUCUAAUGUUACAUUUAGUUAUAUAGUUACAAGGAAAUUAAUUCUUGAUGCCAAAGUUUGUUUUUUUAGAAAACACGAAAAUUCUGUUCGCCUUCUUAACUACGAUAUUCUGUAGUUAACGCUAUUUUUGGCCACCUUUUGCUUCGCUGUUAGCCGUGCUACGCACUCCCAGGAAGGAAAUUUAAUUCUCUUUGAUAUGGGCCUUUCUUUUAUUUCUCAAAAUCAAGUUAUCACAAGUUGUGGCUAAUAGAUCAAUUAUUUCGGUUUUGUUUUGACGUGUGCGUGUUAUAUGUUGAACAAAGGGUUAAAACGUUCUACUACAAAUUUGCAUUUCUUUAUUUUUGAUGUCAAGGAUGAAAAUUCUAUUUUAUUUAUUUUUUUAAUCUACAAGACCAAGAAUAUUUCAGUCAGUCUCUUUUUAAAAGACACGGGCUUUAUUGUUUUAUGAACUAUAAUGGGUAUAUUGUUAUAGGUUUUUCCAAUCUUCAAAUCGAGAAAAACAAACCAAUUUCUUCCGCUGU